AUGGAGAGGAAAGCCAUGGAAACAGCUGGUGGUGCUGCUGCUGCAGCUCAGAGCAACCGUAGGCUUGGUGGGAGGAAUAUUAGUUCCUCCUCUUUCCGCCUCCGCAGUCCGAGUCUCAACAAGGUCCGUCUACGUCGAAUCUUUGAUAUUUUCGACAAAAACAAUGAUGGAAUGAUCACCCUUGACGAGCUCGGCCAGGCUCUCGGCCUCCUUGGCCUUAACAUGGAUUUGGCUGAACUAGAAAUCAUGAUCCAAUUACAUGUUCAACCUGGAAAUUCGGGCCUUACGUACAAAGAUUUCGAGGAUCUACAUGUUUCGUUGAACAAUGCGUUUUUUGGUUUGGAAGAGGGCGUCGAUGAGGAAGCGCAGGACGAGUCUGAUUUGUCCGAGGCGUUUAAGGUUUUCGAUGAGGACGGGGACGGAUACAUUUCGGCCAGGGAGUUGCAAGUGGUGUUAGGCAAGUUAGGAUUGCAGGAAGGUGGAGAAAUCGACAAAGUCGAGCAGAUGAUUUCUUCGGUCGAUAGCAACCACGAUGGACGAGUCGAUUUCUUCGAAUUCAAGAAUAUGAUGCGUUGUGUCACUGUCCCUUCUUCUUGA